AUGAGUUCACCUCCACUUUCAAGCAGCGGCGGUAGUUCUCGUCGAACACGCUAUUCACGAUCACCAUCGAGUGGUCGUACACCACCAUCAAAACGUUCCAAACCAUCAGGUUCAAUUGAUGUUGGUAAUAAUACCGAUCAUCAUCGACUUUACACAUCAAUUUGUGUGAAAAAUAUUCAUCCAAAAACUGCCGAUUCUCAAGUUCGAGAAUUAUGCAAUAAAAAAUUUUCUCAAUAUGGUACAAAUAGAGUUAAAAUAUUUUAUGAAAAUCAAGAACGUGUAGUUUUUGUUAGUUUUAUGAAUUGUGAAGAUGCAAGAGACGCACGUCAUGCUAAAACAGGUCUUAUUUGGGAGAAUAUGCAAGUUGUUCUAGAACCUGUUUACCAUCAUCGAACAGUUUCGGCAGAACAACCCCUUAACCCUAGAAGCCUACGUGGACGUUCUCCACCAUCUCCAAAACGUGAUUCACGUCGUCCAUCUUCAAGUCCGCCACCAUCAGUUAGAAAUCGAUCUCAUCAUAAAUUUAUACCACCACCUCAUUCAAGUCAACAUCAUUCCCCUUAUAUCCGAAUAUCACCGGAUUCAGUUGACCAUGCUGGUUCAAAACUAAGUCGGUAUCGGCAAGGUUCGUCACCAUCACCAGCUCGUUAUAAUCGACGACGCAGUCGUAGUCGUUCAAUCUCAACAUCAUCAGGCGCAAUCAAAAGUCGAGGAAAGACUGAUGAUUAUGCGUUAAGUCGCAGUGCAGUGGAAUCAUAUGUUCAACAUGAACCAACACGUACAUUAUUUGUGGGAAAUCUUGAGUGGGAUAUAAGAGAAUCGAAAUUAAAAGAAAUUUUUAGACAAUACGGAACAAUUGAAAAAAUUGAUCUUAAAGUUCCACAGUCAUCAUCAAAACGCGCUUAUGCAAUUAUUCAAUAUGAAAAUAAUAAUAUGGCUUAUAAAGCCAGACGUGAAAUGAAUGGAUAUUUUAUUGGAAAAGCUGAGUGCAAAAUUGAUUAUAGUAUGUAA